AUGGUGUCACUGUAUUACGCUCUGCCUAAAGAAAAGGAAAGCGAUUGUCAGAAAUUUAACUUGUCAGUGGAGUUCAGCCCAGAAAGUGAUGGGAAAACAUACAAGCUGACACUAAAAGUUUUGUUUAAGGACAUACGGCGUAAUUCAACCAUGUCAAUUUUGGAUAUUGGCUUGUUAACUGGCUUCACCGCUAACACAAAUGACCUGAACUUAUUAUCCAAAGGACCUGCCCGCAUCAUUGCAAGAUAUGAGUUAAACUCAGCCCUGUCAGAAGGAAGUUCAGUCACCAUCUACCUGAACAAGGUUUCUAACAUACAACCAGAGGAGAUCACUUUUAGGAUCCAUCAGCAGAUGAGAGUGGACGUCUUACAACCAGCUGCUGUGUCUGUCUAUGAAUACAAUAACCAGACACCUUGUGUGAAGUUCUACCAUCCAGAGAGGAGAGCUGGAGAGCUUCUGCAGCUCUGUAGACAUGGUGUAUGCAGAGAAUGUGCUGAAGAGAACUGCAGUAUGCAGAAGAAAGGCGACAUCGACAACGAGGAUCGCAUAGCUAAGGCCUGCGAGAGUACUGAGACCACCAAAAUAGAUUUUGUGUACAAAGUGGAACUGCAGAAGUUUGAAGAUGGUUUGUCCACUGAUGUUUACACAAUGCGGGUACUGAAAGUCAUCAAAGAAGGUGGGUAUUUUUUGCCUCUUUCUGACAUUUUAUGGGCACUUUGUAUCUUAAUGGAGUUUCCAGUUAGACAUUAAAAUGAUUGCCCAUUUAAAGGGGAAGUCUGA